AACACACUUCAAGGGCAACCAAGUUGGGAAAUUUUCACCUGACAUGGAGUUAGAUCAAGAGCUUGGAGCUAAUGAUGAGUUGUUUCAAGCUCAGCGUCACAUAUAUAAACACAUGUACCACUAUUUAGAAUCCAUGUCUCUAAAAUGUGCUGUUCAGCUAGGAAUUCCUGACAUAAUUCAUAAACAUGACAAACCUAUUACCCUUCCGGAGUUGGCUUCUGCGCUUCAAGUUCCCCCAACAAAAGCGAGCUGUCUGCUGCGCGUUAUGCGCAUACUGGUGCACUCUGGUUUCUUUGCUACAACCAAAAUACACGAGAAUCGAGGAGGAGAAGAAGGUUAUAUUCUUACUACUUCUUCUAGUCUCUUGCUCAAAGAUAGCUCCACCAGCUUGACUACCACUGUUCUAGCAAUGCUAGAUCCUGAGCUGAUAACUCCAUGGUUUUCCCUUUCUGACUGUUUCCAAGGGAAUGAGCUCACAGCAUUUGAAACUUAUCAUGGAAUUACUUUUUUGGAAUAUGGGAAGCAAAAUCUUGAAUUUAACAAUUUAUUGAAUGAGGCCAUGGCCUGUGAUUCUCAGUUGGUGAGCUUGAUUGUUAAGAACCAUAAGGAAAUAUUUGAAGGUGUGGCUUCACUGGUUGAUGUAGGGGGUGGAACAGGAACUCUAGCCAGGACAAUUUCUGAUGCAUACCCUCAUAUGAAAUGCACAGUCUUGGAUCUCCCGCAAGUUGUUGCAAACUUGCCAGAGAGCAAAAACGUGAAAUUUGUCGCUGGUGACAUGUUUCAGUCGAUUCCUUCUGCCGAGGCAGUUCUGAUCAAGUCUGUUCUGCAUAACUGGAGCGACGAGGCCUGCGUAAAGAUUUUGAAGCAAUGCAGAGAAGCUAUUGCCAGCACAGACAAGGGAGGAAAAUUGAUAAUUAUAGAAAUGGUGAUUAAUGAAAAGAAAGAUGAAAGUAAUAAUCAGCUGGCAGAAACAAAGCUCUUUGCAGACCUGCAAAUGAUGCUUGUAUGCACCGGAAGAGAGAGAAACGAGCAAGAAUGGGCAAGGCUCUUCUUGGAGGCUGGAUUUAAUCGUUAUAAAAUGACUGCUACUUGUGGGUUAAAUUCCAUCAUUGAGGUUUAUCCAUAGGAAGUCACUUUAUAUGAGUUUCUUGUUUGUUCCUUCUGAGUUGCUGCAUGCAAUCGUUGAGCGAGCAACGCAAUUGCAGCUUAACGUAUCGUGUAGAAGCAACUAUAUUAUAAGUUGCAUCUCUAAUAUAUGUUUAAGUUUAAUGGCCAUUAAUAAUAAUAAUAAUUAAUAAUAUAGAACAUGAUUCUGCUAAAGCGCAAAUCCAUGCUAUUUUGAUCCCAGUUAAGGAGAAUCCAUCCAAAAAGAAGAGAACAGGAAGCCCAUAAAGAAUAUUUGGGCCUUGAUCCGAGGACGCUGUAAUAUUCCAAGCAAAUGAUGAGGCUGGAAAUUUAUUAUUAUUAUUUUCUUUUUCCA